AAAGCGAUUUAUCUUGCGCAGGCGAAGGAUUGCGUGAUUCGACAACAUAACAACGACUUUAAGUGAAGAGAAGGGAUAACUUCUACAUUCGACUUUCAUCUUUUUGCCUCCAUUUGCAUCGCAAUAUCAAAAAUUCACAACACUCUUCGGAUCUUCGAGAUGCAGCCUUCGGAACAUGGACAACACGGCUUCGGCACGCUCGCCGUACACGCCGGAUCGCCGCACGACCCUGUCACUGGCGCCGUAAUUGAGCCCAUCUCUCUGUCAACCACAUAUGCUCAGACUGCUGUCGGUCAACCCGUCGGCGCAUAUGAGUACACUCGCAGCUCGAACCCCAACCGUGACAACUUCGAGAAUUGCAUCGCAGCACUGGAAAAGGCAAAGUACGCACUGGCAUUCAGCUCUGGCUCUGCAACCACCGCCAUCAUCCUCCAGUCUCUGGCCACCGGCUCUCACGUAGUCAGUGUGUCUGAUGUGUACGGAGGCACCCACCGUUACUUCACAAAGGUCGCAAAGGCCCAUGGGAUACAUGUCACAUUCACCCCUAGCAUCGAGUUGGAUGUCGAGGCACUGAUUAAGCCCGAGACCAAGCUCGUCUGGAUCGAGACUCCCUCAAACCCUACUCUUUCCCUGGUUGACAUCUCAGCCGUCGCAGCAAUUGCCCACAAGCAUGGUAUUCUCGUUGUCGUCGACAACACCUUCAUGAGCCCUUACAUCCAGAACCCUCUCGAGCACGGCGCAGAUAUCGUCGUUCACAGUGUUACCAAGUACAUCAACGGCCACAGUGACGUCCUCAUGGGUGUCGCAGCCUUCAACAGCGACGACCUCAAGGAGCGCCUCGGCUUCCUCCAAAACGCCAUCGGUGCCGUUCCCGGAGCUUUCGACUGCUGGCUCGCUCACCGUGGUGUCAAGACCCUGCAUCUCCGUGCCCGCGAGGCCAGCCGUAACGGCAAGAUGGUCGCAGAAGCCUUGGCCGCCUCUCCUCUCGUCCGCGCCGUCAACUACCCUGGUUUGGAUUCACACCCUCAACGCAAGAUCGCACUCAAGCAGCACAGAGAUGGUCUUGGUGGUGGUAUGCUCUCUUUCCGCAUUCAAGGUGGCAAGUCCGCUGCCGAGCGCUUCUGCGCAGCAACAAAGAUUUUCACAUUGGCUGAGAGUCUGGGUGGUGUCGAGAGUCUGGUCGAGCUGCCUGCUAGCAUGACUCACAUGGGCAUUCCCAAGGAGCAAAGAGAGGCCGCCGGUGUCUUUGACGAUUUGGUCAGAAUCAGCUGUGGUGUUGAGGAGGGUGAGGACUUGGUCAGAGAUGUCAUGGCAGCUUUGAAGCAGGUUGCAGGAGAGACCAACGGUGUUAAUGGUAAUGGUCAUGCUUAAUCUGGAUCUCGGAUGGAAUGUUCUUUUUUACACACUUUGAAGUCAUCUAAUGGUGCUUUGCUCUACUCAAUUAGC